GAACUGGGCCAGUUUGAAUUUGGGUGCUCUCAUGUGCAUCGAAUGCUCAGGGAUACACCGGAAUCUUGGCACGCACCUUUCCCGCGUCCGGUCGCUAGACCUCGAUGAUUGGCCCAUUGAACUCAUCAAGGUCAUGUCCUCCAUUGGGAACGAGUUGGCGAACAGUGUCUGGGAAGAGAGCUGCCAGGGACACAUGAAGCCCUCGCUGGACUCCACCAGGGAAGAAAAGGAACGGUGGAUACGAGCUAAGUAUGAGCAGAAGCUCUUUCUGGCACCUCUCCCGUGCAUGGAUCUCUCUCUGGGCCAGCACCUGCUGAGGGCCACAGCAGAGGAGGACUUGCGGACUGUCAUCCUGCUUCUGGCCCAUGGGUCACGGGAAGAAGUGAAUGAGACCUGCGGGGAGGGUGACGGACGCACAGCUCUGCACCUAGCCUGCCGGAAGGGGAAUGUGGUUCUGGUACAGCUCUUGAUCUGGUAUGGCGUAGAUGUCAUGGCUCGAGAUGCCCAUGGAAACACGGCACUGGCGUAUGCUAGGCAAGCCCCGAGCCAAGAGUGCAUUGACAUUCUCCUGCAGUAUGGCUGUCCCGACGAGCGCUUCGUCCUCAUGGCGACUCCCAACCUGUCCCGGAAAAACAACAAUCGGAAUAACAGCAGUGGCCGGAUGCCCACCAUCCUCUGAGCUCCCAAAGAGAGAAAAGCAGUUGCCGAGUAUUAUUUGACUGCAGUCUCCUUGGUGUUAACAACAAAAUGGGAAAAAAUAAAUAAGAGUAACGAUGAAAUCCAGAAAGGAAAUCGUGAACCCUGCUAACAAUCACAUUUCAAGUACGUUUAGUCAACUCAAUAAAUGAGUCCACAGCGAUUUUUUUUCUUUCCAGCUGAGAGAGAGAGAGAGAGAGGUUUGUUUUAUUUUUUUCUGUCCUUUGGCCAAGGUGGGUGUGUCAAAUUCAGAGGUCCCUCUCAUGCUGUGUUGCCUAAGUUAUACAGAUUUUUGUAUCGUGUCUUUAGAUGAGUGUAAAAUCUAUUUGAAUAAAAAAAAAAGUUCACAAAGAUGCAUUGAUUUUUGUACAGAUGGAUGGCACCUCCACUGAUUUGGAAAUUGACCUACAUGUGAACACAUCAUGGGCCAACUUGAGGGGCUGGGAGGGUUACGGGUCAUUGACACAGAAAGGAUCCCAACAGCAGGCACUUCCCAUCUAUUUUUGUAUAUUCAUUUUAGAAUGAGAUGGUGGCCCAUUUUAUUUAUUUUUUAAAAGGUGAUACUGAAUCUUGUUAGGAAGCAAAGGAGAGGGGAGGGUGGUUUUCAGCUAUGGAAACAAUUUAGAUGUAACACUUUUGCCGAUGGAGACAAAGGGCUGUAUCUUAGGGGAAGCGUAGGCUUGUCUAAUAAAACCCAAAUGCUUGAGAAAGGGGGCCCAUCAAUAGCAUCCCUUCUCACCUCCCUCUCUAUGGCUGUUGUCAGAGGGAGACAGACCUGUCCAAAACUGAACGCUCAUUGCUAGCCGCCAUGUUGAUACAUAUUUUGCUAUUCAGUUAUUGCUACACUGGGCUAUUGCUGACUCCCACCAAUUACAGACAUGGCAAAACAGCAGGAUUGUUUUUGAUGAAGAGGAGCAGGGAUUCUUAAGAGGCCUUGGGAGUAGAAAGGUGGAGAAAAAGGUCUAGGAUGGUGAAGAGGGAAGUCUGACCUGAAUUAGAAACUGCUGGACAGCAUUUCCAACCCCACCCGGCCAAAUAAUUGGAAAAAACCCUAUUUCAAGUUUUUUCACAUGUGUCAUCUAUGUUUCAAAUGACUUGGGAGGUUCAUUUUUUGUUUUUGUUUUUGUUUUUUAUUUUUUUCUCCUUUCCAAAAAAAAGACAAGAUGGAGCAAAACAUAACGUGCUGAGUGAAAUGUCCGUGUGCACAAAAUAUUCAAAAUCAGUUUCUCCUCUGAAUUAAAACUCUCUGGAAUGUCAGUGUCUACGAAUGGGAGGAGGGAGGGGGUCCCCAGUGUGAUACUGAGAAUGCUACCCAAAUGUCCUGCCUCUCCUUUAGUGUUUGAGAUACACAAUUCAUUCCUGUGUGCCUGUUUUUAUCUCUCUCUCCCCACCUCCCCCUUUCUUCCCCCUUCUUCCCCCUCCUUUCUUUCUCCCUCUCCCCCCCUCCCACCAUGGAAAUCCAUCAGUUAGAGUCUGACUCCCCAGAGCAGGAAGUGCAAUGCUCCUGCUCCUCUUAACAUGUUGUUGGUGUUCCAGGAGGAAGUCCCACUCUCCAGAGCCCAAGUUUUGGCAACAAGAUGUUUCGAAAGGAGGAGGAGUUGGGGGGGGGGGCAAUGAUAAAUGGAGGUAUUGUUUGUGAGUCUGCUUUUGUGCUGUUAGGAAAAACAGAAGCACCUUCCUUAUUCCCAAAGCCCACCCUCGUAUGUGAAUGUCUUGCUAAUACAAAGACUGUAAAAGACUUAAAGAGAGAGGCUGUCCUAGAGAUUGCCCUUGGUGGGGGGCAAAAGAUACAGUUUAAAAUAUUUAUUUCCAUGGCUGAUGUGAGCUAUGUAAGAAGUGGUGGAUGAGAUAAAACCAUUUUGUUUUGUUGUUGUUUUUUUGGUUUGGUUUUAAUAGAAAGACUCAAAAGAGACAAGCAAAGAUUGGAAGGAGCAUUUAAAAAGCAGGAGGCAAAAAGAUAGUGAAUGAUGCCAUCGUCCCCUACAGGAGGACAAUCACUGGGAUUUUAUAUCCAAGCAAAGCUUCCUUCCUCCCUUCAAUCAGUCACAUUAUUUGGCUGAAUGAUUGCUAAAAUGGAUGAGUGUUUAUUUCAGAUUUAGUCAGGUCCAGAGAAGUGUAAAGGAGGGCUGCCAGAAACAGGAUUCCCUACCAAGAGAUCUGCCACAGAGACCUUGCUGUCUUUGUUUCAAUGCCCAGGUUCUCUUAACUGGAAAGGAUUUCAGAUCUCAGGAUGCACAGCUUCCCCCCUUCCCAUCCCACCCUUUCCCUACCCUGCCCUGAUACUCCCAAAGAUGAGUAGCCCUCAUAAGUGGAGUGGUGAUGAGUGGAAUGGUGAAUUAAUGAAUCUCCUGCCUUAUGAACAGAGCUAGUCUCCUGUCUCCCAAUAAGUUCACAUCAACAUUUACGUAUUCCAGAAGGGCGUGGCAGUAUAGAAAAUUCGUUCCUGGCUCCUAAGUAGUUUCGUAAUUUGUUACAUUAUAUUCCACAGAGGGAGUCUGUCUCCAUUUGAGAGGAUCUGGGAAGUUGUGGAGAAGGGGGGGAUUGUUCUUUU